AUGAAGCAAAAUAUUGGACGGGGCGAAUUUUCUCAGUUCCCCAAUUUGUCACAGACAAGCUACCAGGAAGACGACGUUUUAACUUACGUUCAACAUUUAAAUGAUCUCUAUUCAGAUUUUGAAUCUAGAUUUGAGGAUAUUUUGACUAUGGUAAUACUACCGUGGAUAAUUAAUCCAUACGGUGACAUAGAAGAAACGAAUGUCAUAAUACAAGAGGAACUGACUGAACUAAGUACAAUCGAAGAACUUAAGGUUCAGUUUGAAAAUGGAUAUCAGUAA